AGGGAGCGCUCGCACACAAACUUCUUAUGUCGUUUUCUUUACCUAUGCCGGUUUGUAGUUAUUAGUUGGUAUGGCUGUGUCAGUAUUAGGUCAAAUUGAUUUAAAAAGGAACUGGGAAAAGAGCGGAAAGUUAGAAUUUAUCAAGACAUGUUCAAGUUUAUUAUCCUCCAAACAAGUGAAUGAAUUCAAACAGUUGAUUCAUGAGUUGUGUACUUAUGUUCUUCAUGGUACAGUACGUCCAGAGGUAGUACUUUCAGUACUAGUGGAAGUGAAGAAUCUACAGAAAAGUGUACCUUCAAUCAUCACUGAUAUUUUAGUCCUACUAGACUGGGAAACACAAAGUUCUGAUAUACCUGAACAUAGAGAGAGAUUCUUUUGGCUUAUAAGUGGUUGCUGUAAGCGAGUUAUUCCUGAAAGUCUUCUGAAAGAACGAUUGGAUUUUGAAACUAGUGCAGAUGCAGGAAUUGUGAAAAUAAAGAGGAAUAUUGAAACUAAGUUCAUCAAAGUCAAGACCAAACUUUUUUACAAACAACAAAAGUUUAACCUAUUUCGAGAAGAAAGUGAAGGGUUUGCCAAGUUAAUAACAGAACUCACUCAGGAGGUUGGUGGGACAGUAAACACUACCUAUCUUCUUGAAGUUAUCAGAUCUCUUAUUGGAUGCUUUAAUUUGGACCCCAACCGUGUUCUGGAUGUCAUUCUUGAAUCAUUUGAGUGCUGUUCACAUCUCCCAGAUUUUUACAUUCCUUUGUUGCAAUCUUUCAUGUGUAAUCCAAAGACUUUAAGUCAGGUUCUGGGAUUCAAGUUAACUUUCUAUCAGAAUGACUUGAGUCUUGAAACGCCUGCAUCAUUGUACAAAGUCAUUGCCUUAUUGUUACAGAAUGGGCUUAUCAAUCUAGAUGAAAUUUAUGGUGUGCUAAUGCCACAGGAUAGUAAAAUGAUAGAAUCUUACAAGAAUGAAAUACAAACAGCAAAAAUUUAUGCUCGUCGUGCAAACUUUGUCAUGAUGCCAUUGGAAACAAAGGAAGAACAAGUGGAAGAAGAAACCUUUAAGGAAGAUAACCAAAAGCUAGGACUCUGCAGUGCUCUAUUAGACAUUGGCGACUGGAAACAUGCUAGUGCUAUCAUGGAAAGAUUGCCUGAGUUGUUUACAGUGUCUCAUCCAUCCAUCAAUAGCAGACUGGCUAAAUUGAUCAGUACUGUUGUGGAACUGCUCUACAGAAGAUCAUGUAGACUGCCUUCAUGUUUGGGACAGGUUUCUCAGUCAGUAGGGAUGAAUGUGAAAACAGUGAGCAGUUUCAUAGAGUUUCAUGAUCAUGCUAUUCCAAUGAUUUUGUCUUUAGGCCCAUAUUUGCAUACAGAUCCUGUUUUGAUGGCAAAAAUAGUUAGGAUCUGCAAAGCCUACUUAAAUCAGGAUGAAGAAACUGAUGCUGUGUUGAAGUAUGCUGUUUUAAAUGUUAUCCAUGAAUGUCUUCUGCCAUCUCUUGCCUUACUGGAUGGAAAUUGUUGUAUGUCAGAAGAACUGUGGGGACUACUGAAGAUGUACCCAUAUCAGAAGAGGUUUAGAUUGUACAGUUUGUGGAAGAGUGAUAGCCAUCAAGGUAACCCAUUAUUGAUUAGAGGAAAAGCUGACACUCUCAAGAAAGUCAAAUAUAUUAUGAAACGUUUGAGUAAGGAAAAUGUGAAGCCUUCUGGUCGACAGCUUGGAAAACUAAGCCACAGCAAUCCCUGUAUUCUAUUUGAAUAUGUUCUGUCCCAGAUUCAAACAUGGGAUAAUUUAAUCCUUCCAGUUGUAGAUUCUCUGAAGUACCUAACAUCCUUAUCUUAUGAUGUAUUGGCUUACUGUAUUAUAGAGGCAUUAUCCAAUCCAGAAAAGGAAAAAAUGAAACAUGAUGGAACAUCAAUAUCCCUUUGGCUUCAAAGUAAGUAAUUUAGUGUAUAUGUUUAUCCUUAGG